ACGUACAGCAACUGUAAAGGACCGACAUCAGUUAGAAGAGAUCAGUUGAACCAGUAACAAAAAACAAUUCAAAAAAAUUUAACAACAGUAACAACAACAAUGGGGUUGUACAGUAUGUACGACUUGUGUGAAACUAAUGGUUCAUCUAAUAAUUCACCAUCACCACACCACCAUCUUCACCAUCCAUCGCAACACCACCCGGCUCAUCACCAUCCAUCUCAACAUCAUCCAUCUCACCAUCACCCAUCGCAACAUCAUCAUCAUCAUCCUUCUCAACAUCAUCAUGCUAGUGACAAUUCAUCUCAUCAUUCACAUCAAUCAUCAUCCACAACUGUGAAUCACAAUUCAUCAAGCCCAACCUCAUCUCACUGUUCAUCACACACACCAUCAACCACCAACUCAUCUUCCUCACCAGCAACAGCCGCCGCUGCCGCUGCCGCCGCCGCUGCUGCUGCUUCUGCCGCUGCUGCACUGGCAGCAAAAAAGGAACACGAUCGUGUGAAAAGGCCAAUGAAUGCUUUUAUGGUUUGGUCUCGAGGGCAGCGAAGGAAAAUGGCCCAAGAAAAUCCGAAAAUGCACAAUUCUGAAAUUUCAAAAAGGCUUGGUGCCGAGUGGAAGUUAUUAUCAGAAAUUGAUAAGCGACCCUUUAUCGAUGAAGCCAAAAGGCUACGAGCAGUGCACAUGAAAGAACAUCCGGACUAUAAAUAUCGACCACGUCGAAAGACUAAGACUUUGAUGAAAAAAGAUAAACCUUAUGCACUUGCUAAUGGGUUAGGUCCUUUAACUCCGGACCCAUCACGAUCUUCGUCGGGCCCUGCAACUGCUGCAGCCGCAUUAAGUGUUUCUCGUGAUCUCUAUCAAAUGAAUGGAUGCAUGAGUAACAGUUAUCCAACAAUAUCCAUGCAUGAUUACCAACAACAUGCCGCCGUAGCUGCAUAUGGUUCACCCGGAAUGACACCGCAAACUGGACUUUAUGGCAGGUAUGAUGUUACACAAAUUCAUAAUCCGAUAACCUCAGCUCCAAUGGCCAUGUCCUACAUGAAUGGUUCAAGUUAUUCACCAAUGCCCAUGUCAACUUAUGCCUCAAUGGGAAGUACAUCAGGUGCCCCUGGACCAGGAAUCAAUUUAGAUAACUAUUUGAAUGAGCCUAAUUAACACAACCAAAAACAAAUUGUAAUAAAGUUUCAUUUCAAGUUUUAAAC